CAAUAAUCACGAACAUCACUCACCUGUCUUCGCCUUGUUCCCCUUGUUCCUUCAUUCUGCCAACCGUAUCACACCUACAACAGUCAAGAGGAAGAUGGUCAAGUUCGCGUUCGGUCUCGCUUUGGCAUCAAUGCUCUCCCUCGCCAGCGGUAGCAAGAUGAGAGGCAGCCGCAUGCAGACAUACAAGGUUCGCGUGACGAACUUGACCUUCAAGCAGGACUUCUCGGCCGCCAUCAUCGUGGCGCAUGAGAAGGGUAGUCGACCCCUUUUCUCCGAGGGCGCGAAGGCGAGAAACGCAAUCAGCAUGCUGGCAGAAGAGGGCUUAAGCGGGAAUGUACAGAACAUCGCAACACGCGAGCGCGGCUUCUGUGGCUUUGCCGCACCCGAGAGCAAGGGUUUAAUCUUUCCCGGGAAGACAUGGGAGGGCAAAAUCCAAUUUGACGCGAACAAGUGCAAGGACCCCGUCUACUCGGUGGUGGCCAAGCUCGACAACACCAACGACGCCUUCAUGGGCAUUGCUGGUUCCAAAUUCCCCGCGGGUAGUUGCCCGUCCAAGCACUUUCCCCCCGCCUUUGAUGCCGGUUCCGAGACGAACAACGAGAAGUGUACCUGCAUGCCGGGCCGGGCAUGCCCCAAGGGAACCAGGGACGCCCGUGAACGUCACGGCAGAAACUCAGAGGGCUUCAUCCACGUGCACCGAGGUUUCCAAGGCAUUGGAGAUCUCUCCAAAGACUACGGCUGGCAAAAUCCGGUGGCGGUUGUUGUGGUCUCCAAGGCCUAAGGCGAAGAGGGGAGCGGAAAAGUGCUUCAAUUACUUGUGGUGUUACAGCCUGUCGGGGCAGCGUAGAGUAUGCAUACAACGUCACGUGGUCGACCAUGGGCGCUUUUAGACUUCAUAUGUCCGGUGGUGGUUCCCUUGUGUUCUGGCUGUCGUGUCCUGCAGGGCAAGUGCUGCCCGUCGUUGAUUCGGAGGAAACCGUCGAAGGGAUCGGUACCAUUCACGCAUGCAAUACAUGUGUAGGACAACAUUGCCGUUUGUGCCGAACGUGGGGGUUGGAGGCAGGCGCCGUGUGUGGUCAUGGUUUCAAUAAAUAAGAAUCUUCCACGAUGUGGCGUUGGCUUGUGCGUAGACAGUGCUGCUGCUGUAGAUCAGGUUAGGUCUGUAGGUCGGGCGUUGCAGACGAAGUUCUGCGGUCCAUGGAUGGUUCGUCGUCCCGCAGCGUGCCGUUCGGGUUGUAGAGCACGCAUAGGAGUGAAAGUGAGAUGCUGUGAAUUUGAAGCAAACCGUAAAUCGACGUUGUCACCGUAGCUCUUUGCACCUG